GACAUAAUUAGAUUGUUGGAACAACAGCUACAAAAUACAGAAAAGGAACUGAACGCGAAGACGAGCGAAUACCAGAAGGAGAUUACAGACCUGAAGAAGGAAAAUGAGAAACAAAACCAACUCAUACAAAAGUCGCUGUCCCUUACCAGUGAAGCCAAGAUCGAUGCUACUAUGCAGCAUGAAAUCACCAGACUCACCUCAGAAAACCUGGACCUGAGCGAACUUGUAGACCAGCAAGCUGAGCAGAUCAGAAAGCUGAAGAAAAUGCUGAAGGUGUAUGCCAAGAGGUUGAAAGAGGGUGAAGCUGCUGAAAUUCAAGCAGAGUUAGAGAGAGAAGAGACGAAGAGCGUGGAAAAUGUGGCCCAGGUGAAACAUCGGGAAAGGAACUACAUGGGCAUGUUAGAAUAUAAGAAAGAAGAUGAAACUGCGCUGUUGAAAGCUAUAAUACUAGAGCUAAAACCAAAGGUGGCUUCUGGCCUGUUACCUGGGCUUCCAGCCUACGUCCUGUUCAUGUGCGUUCGUCACACUGACUAUGUGAACGAUGAUGAGAAAGUUAGAUCAUUCCUGACCAGCACCAUCAAUGGAAUUAAGAAAGUUGUCAAGAAACAUCAUGACGACCUUGACCGUGUCACUUUGUGGCUUGCAAACACCUGUCGUUUCCUGCACACAUUAAAACAGUACAGCGGAGAAAAACAAUUCCAACAAGAAAACACUCCUCGGCAAAAUGAACAUUGUUUACGGAACUUUGAUCUUGCCGAAUAUCGGCAAGUCUUCAGUGACCUUGCCGUGUGGAUUUACCAGACGUUAAUUAAGCUGAUGGAAGCCACAAUACAGCCAUCUAUUGUGGCAGCAGUAUUAGACCAUGAAGCUAUUGCGGGCCUUACGGGUAGCAAACCAAGCGGGCUCCGAGGUCGCAGCUCCAGUCGUGCAGAUGACACGCCAGAACAUUCCCUCGAUAGUCUCAUGAAGGCUAUGAACCAAUUUGUACGAGUUCUUACACAACAUGCUGUGGACCCGGAGAUGGUUAAACAGAUAUUCCGUCAAGUGUACUACUUCCUCGGUGCGAGUGCACUCAACAAUCUCCUACUCAGGAAGGAGAUGUGUAACUGGUCCAAAGGCAUGCAGAUUCGGUACAACCUAUCCCACAUGGAACAAUGGUUACGUGAUAACAAACCCCAGGAAUCAGGUGCGGGUUCCAGCCUGGAACCCAUCGUCCAAACCUCCCAGCUUCUUCAGGCACGAAAAACCGACGCUGACGUGGACAGUGUGUGUGACAUGUGCUCCAAACUCACUGUUCCCCAGAUUGUCAAAAUCCUGAACCUCUACACACCAGUGGACGAGUUUGAGGAGCGGGUUCCAAUAUCGUUCAUACGCAAAAUUCAGCAGAAGUUGAAAGAACGUGUAAACACUGACAAUUCCCUCCUUAUGGACCUGAAAUUCUCGUAUUCUGUUACAUUCCCGUUCACCCCUUCCAAAAUCAUCCUAGAAACCAUAGAAGUCCCUGAACAACUGCAUAUAAACAAGCUUGUUUCGAGAUGUUAGCUUGUAGCUUACACGCUCUCGUGAUUCAUUAAGUGUGUAGCUAUGGUAAUGAUAAAACUGGACCAAUAGCAAAAUAAAAGUUUAGCCAAUGAUAUGCCGAAACAACUGCAGAUGCUAGCUUGCCAAUUGCCAUGUUUUAUAUAAAAUUGUAGCAAUUGUAAUGCUAUGUUGUACCAAUGAAAAGUAAUAGUAAUGGUAAACUACACUUAACCAUGGUUAUGUUAAAUUGUACCAAUUCUUAAAAUAACAUUGUAUCCAUGGUGACCUUUUAGCUACAUGUAAGAUAUGAAUGGCUUAUUUAAGGUGUAGCCAUAGCUAUGGCAAGCUGUAGCAAUGUCAAAUAUGAAAGUUGUAGUUGCCGUAGUUAUGUUUUGUUGUAGAAUGAAGAUAAAUUACAUGUUUUCGAAUCACAUUUUUUUGAUGGAUUGAUAUUAUUUUGACACUUAACCAUGUUUCAAUGAUAAUGGUCAACUUUUUUACCUAUACUCAUGUGCACUAUAGAUCCAAGGAUGAUUUUAUCUAUUGGAUGAAAUCUUUUCCACUUUUUCUGUAAAUCCUAAAUCACCUUAGAAAUACAUUUAGCUGUGCACACUGCCAUAAGUGUAUGUAAACAGUUGUCUCAUUUAAUGAAGUCAGCCUAGGAUUGGAUAAAGAUUUUUUUAUAUAGCAGAAUUGAUUCUAUCAUUGUUGUACAUUAUAUCAUUUUUAAGUUGGUAGCAAAAAGAACUUUAUUCAAUAACUUUAUUUAAAUAAAUAAAGAGGCAAUGAGUUCAUUGUUUAUCUCAUGCAUGUUGUUAAGUGAUGCUGUUUCAUUCCAACCCCAAAUCUCUCUCCCAGUGAUCCCAUCG